AUGGCCCACUUGGAUUCAAGCUCUAGUUCAACUCAGCCGAACAAUGGUUAUACAAACUUAGGUGAUUCAGAAUUAACUCAUUCUAUUAAUUCUGGAUCAACAUUUAUUAAUUUCAUUAAUAAUAGUAGUGAAAUUAGUUUAUCAGCAUCUUUAGAUCAAACUGCAGUUCAAGCCAUGGUUUAA